AUGGCGACUCAAUCUCUCCCUGCUACUCCCAAAGCAGCGACCCCGCUGGCUCCUGCUUCAGAAGGCACUGGAACUCCGGGCAAAUGGCGACACCCUAUGCUGGCUGAAAUUGUCAGACGUCAGAAUGCAGCCACAUUUGGCGAGAAGAACGUGAAGCGGCUGAUCUGGAAUGGUGCUGCCCUUAUAAUGACAUGUGCCCUCAGGGGGACUGUCAAAGAAUAUUCGCGUAAAAUUCUCGAUACUGGCGAUGCUUUCCGAGACUUCUCGGUGCUCGUUUGCCAACUCUUCCUCUUUGUCAAUAUCAUAAUGGCGCUCUCUCCUCUUUUCCGGCCGAAGGAUGACCUGUCAGACAUUCCUCUUACUCCCACUCAACGGAAGCUCCUCGGCCUUGAUCCUUCUGCAACUCCGCCUACAACUCCUGGCACCACCUUUGCCACGCCACCCAGAUACCGUCUCUCGACUUCACGCAAACCUAGUCCUGCAAGCAGGCCAUCCUCCCCUAUGUCCGCGAAUGCAAGCUUUUCUGAGCGGAGGCCCUCGGCAGGUACUCCUUACUCUCCCGUUUCGAGUCCCUUGCUUUACAAAGCUGUUUCAAAUGGAGGUAUGGAUUCUGGUCGGCGACAGAGCUUUGGUUCGUCCGGGUUCGGGGCAUCCUCCUUUGGGGCAUCCUCGUUUGGAGAAUCGAGUCUCGGUCCGAGUACACCUUCUCCGCUUGCCGGUAAGCGCGCGAGCUUGGGGCUCUUGUCUUGCGUCAUGGGGGCUUCGGAGUCCAAGCUUGUCUUCAAGCAGGGCAUCUUCCGCCUCUCCGAGGAACAGGAGAUCCCCGCAGACGACCCCUACUGGGCCAGAUUCUGGGAGCUUCCUGAAUCAACUGAGGACGUCUUCAGCCUCUUUACGCCGGCUGACAUACGACGAACUCGCGAUCAUGCCUUGGCCAACUUUGAAACGCUCCUGCUCGCCGUGACCUCGCGAUUAACGGUGUUGCGAAAUCAUCCCUCGUUCCCUGACCCCGACCUUGCACCCGAACGUGAUGUCCUCAACUGCGUCCGCGUCCUCACUCGCCUGCUCCCCUAUGUUUACGAGGCCGAGCACCUGGAGGAAUGGGAAGAUAAGUUCUUCUGGGCGCACCGAAAGCGAAUGACCCGACAAGCGCAGAUUUCUGGAGAGAUUCUGUUCGAUGACGCGCAACCUGAAGACGAGCAAGAUCAGACGUCACCGCGAGAGGCCGACUACGAGGAUGAAAAACCACUCGCAGAGGAGUUGAUAGACACAUUGGUGGAUCUGCUCUUCUUUGCCGACUUCACAAUUCCCCGGCUUCCGACUGCCAAGGGCAAGGUCUCAUAUUCAAUCUGGCAGAGCGGAGUUGGUUGCAACACAGCAAUGGGCUCCAACAAACAAUUGGAGAGCAACCGAUGCGAGAUUCUUCGCCUCAUGCUUACGCUGACUGGAAAGGCCAUGUACUUGCCUUCAAACACAUUACCCGUGCAAGGCGUCAAGGCCAUUACCUACAUCACAACUUGCCAGGAUAAGCAGUCUGUUUUGACUGUUCUCUGUUCUCUUUUGAAUACGGCCAUGAAAUAUAACCCUGCGUCGUGGAGAGUCCCGUACGACCACGUUGUUUGGAAGGAUCCCAGGCAAAUCUUGGUGAUAUAUUGUGUGCAGCUUCUUCUUGUUCUCCUGUUAUAUCCUAUUCCUGAGGAUGGCCGUGGAGCACCCCCGAAGAACUAUUACCGCCAUUACUUUGGUCGACUACAUAGACCUCAGGAUUUCCAAUUCCUUGUCGAUGGUAUGACAAGGAUUCUGAACCAACCUAUGCAAGCUACUGCGUCGUAUCUUCCUGGGAGUCAAAAGUCGGUAAAAUGGGCACCGGAAAUGUUGGUCCUUUUCUGGGAGACUCUCCAGUGCAAUAAGAGGUUCCGGUCCUUUAUCAUCGACUCAAAUCGCUCUCAUGACUUUCUGGUCCUGUGCAUAUUCUAUGCAAUGGAGUACAGGAUGGAUCCCUCCAAGCAAGGAGUCGUUCGGAUGUGCAUUUUCAUUCUUCAGACAAUGAGCGCGGAGCUAACAUUUGGUAAGAGCCUCAACAACAAAUUUGAGGCACAAGAAACUCUACCACAAUCAAUUCGGUUGUUGAAGUUCCGCGGCUCAUACGCCGACUUUUUGAUUAUGUCUAUUCACACCUUGAUAACAACGAGCAAAGGCAAUCUGGACACUGUAUACCCUGCAUUGUUGAUCAUUCUUAACAAUAUUGCUCCCUACGUUGAACACAUCUCCCCGAGUGCUUGCUCGAAGGUCAUUCAACUCUUUUCGUCCAUGUCUGCGCCAAGUUUCUUAUUAGCGAACGAGACAAACCAUACUCUUCUUGCGUCGUUGCUCGAUUUUAUCAACAUCAUGCUCGAGCAUAAAUUCACAGACAACCCAUACCUUGUCUACGCGAUCUUGAAGUACAGGCAACGCUUUGAAGCUGUGCGGGCGUUUACUCUCGAAAGUGGCCAACAAGAAAUCGAGCGCCAAAACGAGAAGAGGAAAGCUUCAACUUCUUCUGACGCACCGGUUAGCCCAACGCUUUCACAGUCCGAGGAAGAUCUUCACACUUCAUCCGGUGCCCGAUCACCAUUGACUCGGAUUCCUGAGGAGAACAGCCCAUUUGCAAUCGGUGACGAUGACUCUGAUGAUGAGAGGGAGGAGCACACUCCUUCUCAAACGCCCUCGGCUCAGACCUCGCGUAGAGCCUCAAUGGCCUCCACUAUCGACGAGAAUGGAGCACAGCAAGUACGAGGGAUGUCUGAGAAGGCGCGAGGCAAGAAACCAGCUGGAAAGCCUCCGUUCUCCCGGCAGAACAGCAUGACGAGCCAGACUAGCAUUUCUGCUUUAUUCUCCGCCUCUGCCAGUGGCUUUACUCCGACAGUCCAUUGGCUCGAAUCUUGGUUGCCCGAGCUACCGCUGCAUACAGUUCUCACCAUCAUCUCCGCAAUCGCACCCCACAUCCCUGAUUCGGCUCUUCAAAGCACAGCAAGCCCAGAGGCCCGUACGCUAAUUCACAACCUCCCAUCAUUCGCCGAGGAACCCGAGGUCAAAGGUAUCAUCUCCGAACCAACCCCCGUCCGUGUGCAGUCAUUCGAGUGGUCCGCCCUCUCCAUGGGCUGGUAUGAAUCGUUGCUCUGGGGCUUCAUUUUCUCCAGCGAGAUGGUUGUCGGCUCUGCUGGUGGUGGAACACCAGGCAGUGUUGGUGUUUGGAACGGCACUGGGAUCCGCCUGUUCCGAGUACAGGAGGCAGCCGCCCAAGGGCCUACCUUGCUUGCACCAAAGGGUGCAGUGGAUGCUGUCGGGAGCAACCUGGUUCAACGCAUAGGAAAUCUGAGCCUUCGGGGUCGUACCUCCAUCUCUCAAGAGUCUGGAGGUGCCUCUUCACCGAGUGUGCGAGAGGUCUAG